AUGCUAGCUAAUUACCCUCUGCAUCCGGACUUCGCGGCCAAAUAUUCACUCGGUGAAGAACUCGGUAGCGGCGGGUUUGGAUUUGCCGUGUCCGCGUACGAACGUCAAACUGGUGUGGAACGCGCUGUCAAAUUCAUUCUACGUCACAGGGUGCCUGCCCAUGCAUGGGUGUUUGACACGCAGCUGGGUACCGUGCCCAUGGAAGUGUUUGUGCUAAAGAAUGUCAGCCAUCCUAAUAUUAUUCAGUAUAUCGAUUUUUACCAAGACACUACAUUCCUGUAUCUUGUCAUGGAAUUGCACGGUACACAAUGGACAGCUGCCGCCGCAGCCGCUACCACCACCACCAGCUCCUCCCCUUCCACGGCAUCGAUUCCUGCUCCACCUUCACCUGCAUUAUCCCAGUUAUCCGAUGAUUCUUCCUGCUCUUCUUCUUCGCUAUCGUCAACAUCCACCAGCGCAUGGCCCGAUAUCGACGUGCACGCCAACCCACGUUUAUUUGUCCGACGGACGUCAUGCGACUUGUUCGAGUGCAUCGAACAUCAUCGCAGUUUCAACGAACCUCUGGGACGCCACAUCUUUCGGCAGAUCGCCGAGUGUGUCGGCUACCUUGACCGACUCGGGGUCUGCCACAGGGACCUGAAAGAUGAAAACAUCGUGAUCGAUGACCAGUAUCGUGUGAAAAUCAUUGACUUUGGAUCCACGGUCCUGCUCCCGCGUCACGAAGAGCGACAGCAACAUCCCGUGUACUUUAACAAAUUCUAUGGUACCGUGUCUUUUGCUUCACCAGAGAUCAUCCUUCAACAGCCUUACCGCGCAGAACCCGCCGAAGUUUGGGCUUUGGGUGUGCUGCUGUAUACCAUCCUGUUUGGCGAAGUACCUUUCCAGGACGCUCCCUCAACAAUCUACUAUUCUUUUGUCCCACCACGGACACAAGUGUCCCCCGAAUGUUACCACCUCAUUUCUUGGAUGCUGGAAAAACAUCCCGAACGACGACCAACUAUCUAUCAAGUUCUAUCCCAUCCAUGGCUAAAUACCAUCUAA